AUGUGCGACGGCGAUAUUGUCGGCAUCCAGUCAAGCGAUGUGUGCUGCUCCGCAAGCUGCGGGUCUUGCGGAGGUUCUGGGUGCACUGGCAGGGACGGUGGAUCGGAAUCCUGCUGUGGUGGCGGAGUCAGGGCUUCCGGUCGGUACUGCUCCAUUACGGGAGAAGCGCCUUGCAUGACCGGCGCGGCCCCUACGCCGGCCCCUACGCCAGCCCCUACGCCACCUCCUACAGUUGAAGUCUUCAGGUACCUCAUAUAGCUGUGGCGCCUAUCGCGCCUAUUCCGAAUGAUUUCGGUGUAUUCUUAAGUCAGCGCAUGUUGUGAACAGCGGGGCACGUAACGACCUUUUGGCUGAUGCGCACGUUGCCCCGACGUUUCGCACUGGCACGUUUUGGAUACCUUGAGUGCUUUUUCUUGACUAUCAUAUCAUAUCUCUAAAUGAUUGCUACCACCGAAAGGCGCGAAAUCAUUCUAGGGAAACAGCACCCCCACGAUUACGCCAUUACCCAGUGAGCGUCAAAAUGUCGUCUUGGUAUGUGUUGUCUCGCUAGAACUCUCCUCUACCAAGCAACACCGCUGCUUUUUUUUAUCCUAAACGAACAGUUCCGAAAUGCGACGGAGGGAUUGUCGGUAUUCAGGCGAGCGAUGUUUGCUGUUCCUUAAGCUGCGGGUCUUGCGGAGGUUCUGGGUGCACUCUCAGGGACGGUGGAUCGGAAUCCUGCUGUGGAGGUGGAGUCAGGGCCUCCGGUCGUGAUUGCUCUGAAACGGGAGAAGCACCCUGCGUUGUGACAAGUAAGCUGACUCAAGUGAAAAUUUAUAUGUGCAUGCGGAUAACUAUCGAACGCACACUCUUGGAAAUACUAACUGUCGAGGCAGCAGCUAGUGUUCCUCGGAGUUUGGCCCCUGUAAAACUGCAUCUCACUCGAUCUGGUGGAGGCAUGUUGAGCGAUUGAUAACUGAGGCCCCGCCACGACGCCUGCGCCUACGACCGUCACGAAUUCACCGGCUACUACCCCGGCGCCUACAACGGUCACGCCGUCGACAGUCGAGCCUUCGCCGGCCCCUACCGUGGCCACAAGUGGAGGUGGUCCUAUAACGCCCUCCCCGCUGACCCCUACACCGGUCACGCCGGCCCCUACCGUGGCCACAAGUCAAGGUAGUCCGACGCCCCCCCCACCGACCCCUACACCGGUCACGCCGGCCCCUACCGUGGCCACAAGUCAAGGUAGUCCGACGCCCCCCCCACCGACCCCUACACCGGUCACGCCGGCCCCUACCGUGGCCACAAGUCAAGGUAGUCCGACGCCCCCCCCACCGACCCCUACACCGGUCACGCCGGCCCCUACCGUGGCCACAAGUCAAGGUAGUCCGACGCCCCCCCCACCGACCCCUACACCGGUCACGCCGGCCCCUACCGUGACCGGGGGAACGCCGACCCCUACGGCUGUAGGUGGUACUACGCGGGCCCCCAUCGGAGGUCGUGGAGGCCGUGGUACGCCGGCCCCUACCAUGACCGGGGCAACGCCUUGAGGUGGUACUACGCCUGCCCCCAUCGGAGGUCGUUGAGGCCUACUACGCGUUCAACACCCCAGGUUAAAUGGAUGCAGGGAGACCACUUUAUACCUCCGAUUUACCUGGCACAAUGUGAAGCCUGCCAGGUUGUGCAACGUGUACCUCUGUUGGAGGUUAAACGUAGGAACUGGUUAGGGAGCAGGUCGAUGAUGGUAUCUAGUGGAAGGUGUAUCCUAUGUUAAGAAUGGGCGGGAGCUCUACGUUCUGUUCGGAAUAUAUAUGCGAUCGUACAUAAAAUCUGAUACAUACGUUGGCCACAGGGAAGUACCAAGGGAUAGGGUCACGGUUACCUAGUAGUCAAGACGCGCAGUGGGGCAAGCAUGCCUCUGUGUCUGAUACUGCUGGAAGAGUAGAGCUAACCCUAAGCUUCAUUCUGAAGACAACACUUAUUGUUGGCAUUCGUCAUUUCAGCAGCUGUUUGUCUGAGUAUCACAGAUUGCUGAAUUUCUCCACGUACCAAAGUACGUUGCUUGAUUUGCUUUUUGAUACCUCUCGACUAGAUGUUGCAGAGGAAAUAGAAUCGGUAAACCUUAGGUCGAGUGCGCGAGUACGUGUUGUUUUCGCACGAAAAGACCUUAGUCGGAUCUGUUCACGAGGGGUUUGGUCAUCUGGUUGGUAUGACAUUUUGGGACGCAACUUCAACUGGGUUACGGUGGGCAUCCUUUGCUUGGAAUCGUGCAGCCCCUCCAUCUUACCACUCUGUUUUCCUUCUGGUCUCACCGACGAAAUAACUACGUUUUUCUAUCCUGCUUUUCCCUUGGGAAGUCGGCACGAUCUCUCACGGAGGUCGAGUGCCACGAGUUGCGCAAGCUGUGUCGCUACGCACCACGUGUGCGUAUACGGUGUGCUCCAAGUUCCGAUGAAAAGAUCGCACCCCAUCUUUCAUGUAGUACGUUGGACUCCACUCGGUUUCAUAUUUGAAUUAUUUUCACGUCCUACGCACGGCUGCAUUCGCAGUCCCAUUGUUUUGCAUUCACAGGUGGCCAGUGGGCAAGGUUGUGUGGGGGCCUUGUGUAACCUCCGGCCAACGAGGGGUUAUUAUAUGGCAGAACCCGGGGGGAUACAGGCCGAGCGGGCAUAACGUGCCAGGGUUUUUAUAACACUGGCACGACCGCGGUCGAUUAGGCAGCGCCUCGGGCAAACCGUCAGCGAUAUGACCGGUUGGCGGCCUAAAUUUCGCACGUUGUAGCCGACCGCUAUGGUUGGGUCGCGGGUUGCCGGAUCAGCGGGGGACGAGCCCAACAAGAGCAAUGGAUUGGUGUAAUAUAAUAUAAUUUUCAUUGCCGAAUUUGACGAGGAACGC